AUGCGAAACUUUGAACCGUUCAUUCAUUCGUGGUUGAAGGUCUUCCUCGAGAAGUGGGAUAACAUCGCGGAGAAGAACGCCGAACCUGACGGCUAUGCAAAUGUGGAAGGGCGCGUGUGGCUCAAUUACUUGGUCCUCGAUAUCAUCGGCGAUCUUGCAUUUGGUGCCCCAUUUGGUGUGCUUGAAGGUGCUUCAGAAGAUGUCAAUGUUCGCAUCAGCAAAGACAAGACCAUUUCUCUGCCCGUCAUCACGAGCCUCACCACCCGCAGCGAAAUCGCAGCGACUGUAGGGGCACUGCCUGAGCUGCGACCCUAUUUGAAGUGGAUUCCAGACCCUUUCUUCCAUGCGGGUCUCACCGGAAUGAACAACUUGCGCAGCCUAGGGAGUGCCCGCAUCAUUGAUCGCCUGAAUAACCCACCGACUGCGGACCGCCACAAGGACUUGCUUGAACGGUUGCGGGAGGGGCGAGACGACAAGGGUGAGCCUUUUGGGAUGGGAGAGCUUACCGCUGAAGCUCUGACUGUGCUCAUCGCGGGCACCGACACCACUAGUAGCACAUUCGCCGCAUUGAUGUAUCAUGUCGUCCGAACACCUGGGGUUCUGAAAAAGCUGCAAACGGAGCUUGACUCAGCCCUUCCAGCCGACACUGUGGUGCCCUCGUAUGACCAAGUUAAGACCCUUCCAUAUCUGGGAGCUAUCAUCAAUGAAUCUCUACGACACCACUCCUCUAUCAGUCUAGGUCUUCCCCGUGAAAUACCAAGAGGCAGUCAAGGUAUAACCCUUAAGGGACGUUACUACCCCCCAGGUACAGUUCUGAGUGUUCCGAUCUACACGGUUCACCAUUUGAAGGAAGUCUGGGGUCCCGACGCAGAAGAGUUCAAGCCUGAAAGGUGGGGGAACCUCACCCCACGCCAAAAGAAGUCUUUCAUCCCGUUCAGCUACGGUCCACGGGCAUGCCUUGGACGUAACCUUGCGGAGAUGGAAUUGAGGCUGAUUACGGCGACCUGGGCGAGGAGAUAUGAUUUUGUUUUGAGAAAGGAUGAAAUGGAGGUGAAUGAGGGAUUGGCUAGGAAACCAAUCGCUGUAAACGUCGGACUAAAACGGCGAGAGAGUGCAGUCUAA